AUGAGGGGGAAUCUCUUAGGGGAAAUUUUAUUAGUACGACAGACACUUCAGCAUGGAUUUCCGCAGAAUGUAACUGCAUUAGCUCACGAUUAUACUUUAGGAUUGAUGGCAGUUGCAACUCGUGAUGGCCAAAUUCGAAUAUUCGGUGCUAAAAAUGUGGAAUGGAGUACGAACACUGCUCAGAAUUUAUGUACUUUGUAUCUUUAUUUUGCAGUGGGCACAGGUGUUUUAAUUGCUUUAUGCUCCGACCAAACGUUCAACAAAUUUCAAAUUAAUGGUGAUCGAAUUCAACAAACUACCGUCAAUCCUGGAAAGAGAUUGAAACGAAUCACUAGUUGUGGAAUGCAGAAUUUCGUCGAUCAGGAUGAUGCGCGUGCACUAAUUGGAACUGUUACUGGAAAUAUUUUUUCGAUUUCGGUUUCAACACUCGAACUUUCCGAAUUAGUUUUGUUCGACGAAAAUAUUUCUGUAAGUGUACCAUCAAUUAAAAAUGAUGCACGAUCCGUGGAACAGAUCGCUGUUAAUCCUAGCGAUGCAUCUAAACUAUUGAUUUUAUUCGGUUCGCAUAUAUUUGUUUAUUUCGAUCUUUCGACAAAGAACGCCAUUCGUCACUGGUCGUCUCAACAAUCUGUUACAUAUGUUGAUUGGCAUUUUGAUGGCAUUCAUUUUAUAGUUUCGCACACAGAUGGCUCAUUAGACACUUGGUCGGCAGAAACGGCAGCAAAUGUUGAAUCUUCGGCCAUACCUUUUGGGCCAUUUCCUUGUACAUCAAUAAAGAAAAUUAAAUGGGCAAAACCUUUGAACGAAUUAUCAAUGGUCAAGUUUUUUACCGGUGGUAUGCCUCGUGCUUCCUAUGGUGAUCGCUAUACGAUUACAGCCCUUCGAGAAGGAAGAAUAGUGGUUUUUGAUUUUAGUAGCCCAGUGAUCGAUUUUUUUAUUGUUCCAGCUUUGUGUGAUAAUUCGGUAGCCGAUUUUUCGAGAGCCUUAGCUUUGAUGGUGUUGUGUGAGCAAGAAUUAGUUUGUAUCGAUCUCACCGAAAAGCAGUGGCCAGUAUUAGAAUUGCCAUAUCUUCAUUCACUGCAUUCCUCUCCAAUUACUUGUAACAUGCUUUAUACUAAUAUCGAGGAGCAUGUGUGGAAGGAUAUAACGAAAGCGAGUGAAUUGAUUCGGAAAGAGAAGUCAGGUUCCAAAAAAUGGCCUAUUUUCGCUGGGUCUGAUAUUGAACCACCUAUACUUUGUGCAGCUACAAAUGUUGAAAAACGUCAAUUGCUUAUAACUGGACAUGAAAAUGGCUUUGUAAAUUUCUGGUCAACUGGUUCGAUAAACAUGUCUCAUUUAUUUUCAGUGAAUACAACUAAGGAAUUUGCUGGAUGUUUCCUCGGUGAUGAAUUGAAGGAAACGCAAAGAAAUUCGAGACUAUCACCAGAUGACUUGGAUGAAGAUGACGAUUCUUUUGAGGAAGUCUCUGAAUGGCCACCUUUUCGAAAAGUAGGCGUAUAUGACCCAUUUUGCGAUGAUCCUCGAUUUGCUAUAUCCAAAAUAUUUUUUGACUCAAGCACCGGUCAGUUGGCAAUUGGUGGAAAUGCUGGUCAUGCAAUUGUUUAUGAUCUUGAAAGCGAACCUUUGAAAACAGAUUCAGUUCUCUGUGCUGUUUUCGAUAUUGUUGAUAUAACUAUCUCGAACCGAGCUGCUCAAAAACCUAUUCCUGCUAGAAAAUCAAAACAGACGUAUUCUGUUGGUUUCCAGCCUUUCAAAGCCAAUGAUAAUAUGAGUCUGUUCGCGCAACUUCGUCCUGCUGUUUCAAUUACAGCUAUUGCUUCCUUGCAUUCUCGUAAUUUACUAGCACUUGGCUGUGAAUAUGGUUUUGUUCUCUGUGAUUUGAAGAGUCAAACUUUAUUGAUUAAGAAUUGCCUUCUUUCUGUCGAAGAAAUUUCUGAAGUAUCUGCUUUAUCAGGGGCUCUAACCAGAUUUAAAAGCAUGAAAAAAUCAAUACGACAAUCAUUCAGAAGGAAGAAAAGACGACAAACUGAUGAUUUGAUUCAAAGUGAAGCUUCUUGUUCAAACACAGAAAUCAGACCUAUGGAACGGCAAGUUCAAGCACGCUCAGAAGCCCCGUUGAAUGCUGGUGAUCCUCCUCAUUCGGCCAUUCGAAUUUUGAAAUUUUAUAGUACAAACGUCCUAGCUGCAUCAGUCACUUCUGAUAGUUUUUGGGUCGGAACAAAUGCAGAAGUUCGUUUGCAUCAUCGUGCGCCAGUGAUUGAUAUUGCAUGUAUUGCGAUGGGUGGAUCACCAUCUGUUAAAAAUAUGUCCAGCAUUCAUAAAAUAAUUGUUUUUACCGAAGAGCAAAUUAAAACCUUUUCAUUACCAUCAAUGAAACCAGCACGACCAAAGUGUAGACUAACAGGUGUGGAAGGUUCUCGAUUACGAAAAGCACAAUUAUUGUCGCUGUGGAACUUAAGCAGAAAAAUUUGUGAAAAAUUUCUUUUGAUUGUUACAAAUCAAGGAGAAUUAAUCCUUUUUUCGGCUGUAAAUUUGCGAUUGUGUACUAAAGUUCAAUUUGUUCGGGCAACUGAUAUUAUGGGAAUAGGUUCUGCUGUUAUUUCACCUCAUGGUGAAAUAUUUUUUUUGAAACCAGGUGGUAGUGAAUUUCAGCGAGCAACGAUUACUACGGUUCAGCAUACCAAUUUAUUAUCACCACUAAGGAAUCAUGAUUUUCCUCAUAAUCGUUGUUGA